ACUCUUCCUCGCUUUUGCUUUACGCGACACAUUUACACCACUAGUAAAACUGUACCGUGGUAUCAGGUGGUACUGUUGGAGUACCAUGGUAUUGUGUGAUGGUAUUUACAUGCCAGCAUCAUUUUGGGCAUUUGUCUCGUUCCGAAUCGAGCCAACGUGCUCCCUAGAUAGGGAACACACUAGGUUUUGAGUCAAUAAAACACAUUUUUGCUAUAGAAAGCAUAGCUAUACUUGAUAUAAAUAUGCCUCACGGAAUAUAAUGUUUGUGUUCACGUAUUUUUGUGUGUGUGUGUUUGUCGAAAGUAGUUUUAUUCAGCAUUGUAUCGCUUUAUCUGUGUAACUGACAGUUGACGGUUGGAAUCCGUUCCCGCGCGAGCGCUCCGAAUCACCAAAUCGGCGCGAUUUCAAAUCAGCGCCGCGCGAAUCAUCACAUCAGCGGCUUUUAACGAGGGUACCGGGGGAUGCUGAUUCAUCAAUCGCUGAUAUUUGCUUGACGUGAGCCCGUGCACCGGGGCGUCAUGGCAACACGGCACAUCGGAGCGCGCGGAACCGGGCAGCUUUCGAGGCACGGAGAGCGUUCAGACGGACGGCUUUGUUACACAGACACGAAUAACAGCGAUCUGUGUGGCUUGGCAGCGGUUCCUCGUGGCAUGACGACCACUAACAAAGGAAACAAGGCCUUAAAGAAGAACACAAAAGAAGAUAUUAUGAAGAAUGUUGAAAACGGAACGGUUUUGGCUCCCAUUGACUUACAUUAUAUGGACAAAAAAUGCAACGGAAGUCAAUGGAAACCAAAACUGUUUGACAACAUGAGGGUGAAGAGGGAGCCCGGCGAGAACGGGACGAGCCUGACGGACGAUGAGCUGGUGUCCAUGUCGGUCCGCGAGCUCAACCAGCACCUGCGCGGCCUGACCAAAGAAGAGAUCCUUCAGCUGAAGCAGCGCCGGCGGACGCUGAAGAACCGGGGCUAUGCCGCCAGCUGCCGCGUCAAGCGCGUCACGCAGAAGGAGGAGCUGGAGAAGCAGAAGGCGGAGCUACAGCAGGAAGUGGAGAAGCUGGCUUCAGAGAACGCCAGCAUGAAAGUGGAGCUGGAUGCGCUGCGCUCCAAAUACGAGGCUCUGCAGAGCUUCGCCAGAACUGUGGCCCGGGGGCCCGUGGUCCCGGUUUGUAACGCGGCCGUCCCCGUCUCCCCCCGAGGGCCCUUGUCCUCCGUCAUCGGGCCCCUCAUUCCCGGGAAGGUGGGAGCCACCAGUGUUAUCACGAUAGUUAAAUCGAAAACCGACGCGAGGUCUUAGUAGCGCACAGAGAGCAAAGGGUUGGUCAGUGCAUGAGGGUUUAGGUGCGGGACGCUCUGUUUCACAGCAGACUGAUGGAAAAACCC